AUGUGCGACACGGUCCUCGCAUUUGGCGAGAAUGACAGCUCCUACCUUGAAUGCCCGACGCGCAUGGCCUUUGACAAUCUGCCAGCAGACGUGCAAGGACAGCUCAGCAACGGCGUCGUCGCCGAGACUUACUCCAUGGCACUCGGGCCCAACGGCAGCUAUGUAUGGUGCUACAAGCACAAGACAACGGGGAAGACGAUGAUGGCAACCAACGGAAUCCCUGACUCUCUCAAGGAGUGGAUCUGGAAAAAAGACGCGGGCGGCGCGUUCGAGCGCACCUUCCAGAAGAUCCGAGUCAACCUGCACCCGAACGGAACCAGCUUCUACGCCGUCGACGGCGUGGCGCACCAGUGGAAGGGGCUCCAGGACCCCUUGUCGGCAGAGCUCACAGGGCUCAUCAAGGAUGGCCAGUUCACCGACACGCCGCGCAUCGUCACGUUCGGCGCCGGCGCCGACUACCUCGUCAUCACCCACGGCGGAAAGGGAUUCUGGCGCUUGAACGGCCACCGGGAGCUGAGGGAGGUGCUGGACCAGUGGAGGAAGGAGGGAGUCCUCGGUCGAAUCACGAACCUAGCACUCUCGCCGUUCAAGCCCGAAGUGAGCGCCAUCUUAGUCGAGACGGGCCUGCUGAUCGUCAGCGGGCUGCCAGACCGCACCAAACAGCCAGUGGACCUGCUCGUGGAGGCGACCAAGGCAGACACGGCGAGGAUCCAGGAGCAGCGCGAACAGGCCGAGUACGAGCAGGCGGCGGCAAAGAUUCGGUCGAACCAGAGGAAGAUUGAUCUCCUCAACAUGGCGACGGCUCAGGCCGAUGCGCAGACGAGGUGGAACAUGGAGUCGUCCGCCUUCAUGGGCAGCAUCGGAACCCGAUGCAACCGAUGCUACGGGCCCUAUUGCACGUGUUCCUAUCGGUAUUAGGUCUGCCCGUCAACUGCGCCGUAACACAAAUGAGUCGGCGUCGCCGUCUGUAAUCCGUCAUCUGCAAUUUCCUGUCAGGAUGGAUUGAUAGAGUUGGAUGGGAGAUGAUUCCCAUUGAGCUUCAGUUGAUGCCAUCAUUGUAGAGGGCCAUCUUUCUUUUCGUCGCGAGUUGGCGUGGACACUGAUUGGAGGCUGCCGUCUCAGUACGCGCUUGGGCUUGGCCGGCAAAAAAGAACAUGGUCCAGGCCUAAGGGCAGACCCGCAUGUUACGGAUUGAAACUUUUGCUGAGGGGAAUCCUAGUAGCGGGUCUGUCUCGUUGGAAUUAGAGAGAAUAACGGCGGGUUCGGUUAUGGGCCCAAUGUUCAAGGCAGGGGAGGUAGGCACGAAGGGGAUGGAAUGCUUAAGCUCCUUCUAAA